AUGGCGUCGGGCGAUACCCCUCAUACCCUCCGCCACCGCCGCAAAGGCUCGAACGAAUCUGAUGCAACCCAUGUCUCUCAAGACGAGACACGCCAGCGCAAGACCGAGGAGGUCGUCUGGGGCAAGACGCCAAGCGGCGAAGUCUUCCGUGUGCCAACAACGCACGACGUCCUGACGGCGCUCUUCCACCCUGCAUUCCCCAAAUCGCACCUCGAUUUACUGAACCUCGGCCUGCUCGGCCUGCAGCUCGUGCUCUUCUUCGUGCUGCCACGUAACGUCGCGAAAGUCUUCUUCUUCGUUUACUUCGCCUUUUGGCGCGCGGCAUACGACUUGGGCCUCGGCUGGGUGCUCACCAAGCAGAGCAGGCGAAAAUGGAUUGUGCGCGAAGUUCAGCGCCUCGGCUGGCUCGACGAAAAGCGCAUGCCCGCCAUGCGCAACUGGAUCAGGCAGCAGCUGGCAGGGAAGAUGGGCAAGGACUAUUCCUUCGACGAGCUUCCGCUGGAAUACAAUACGUGGCUUCUGUUCCGUCAGCUGGUGGACAUCAUCUUGCUCAAUGACUUCCUGGCUUAUUGCAUGUUCGCCUUCACCUGCUUCCGCAUCCCGACAGGACUGUCGAUUUCCGUCCACAUGAUGAGGUGGAUCGGAGGUAUUGCUCUGAUCGCAUUCAACCUGUGGGUGAAGACCGAGGCGCACGAUGUCGUGAAGGAUUACGGCUGGUAUUGGGGUGACGUCUUCUUCCAACGCGGAGGGCUGACCUUCAAUGGUGUAUUCGAGCUCGCGCCUCAUCCUAUGUACUCCGUUGGUUAUGCUGGGUACUAUGGUUUGUCUCUCAUUAUUGGAAGCUAUUUCGUCCUCUUCGUCAGCUUGGCAGCUCAUGCAGCUCAGUUUGGCUUCUUGGUAUAUUUCGAGAACCCUCAUAUUGAACGCACCUACGGCCAGAAGAAGCUUCUCGCUCUGCGCUCCCCUCUCGCAUCCGUGUCCUCGUCCUCAUCCUCGAGCAAGAAAUCAAGGGACAGCCCUGUCUCUCACGACCGCCAGGUAUCGUCAUCCUCCAUCUCCUCGGUUGACCUUCCGACACCCUCUGCGACGGAAGGCGAGACCGCAACGGAGACCGAUGGACCUGUGACGGAGACAGAGACGGAGACGGAGUACGAGAGCAAGACCAAGGCUCCGAAGCGCAAGCUCCAGCGCCGCUCGGCAAGCUCGCUCGCGUCCGCUGGCUCGAUGAGCGAGAGCAGCAGGACGAGGCGUGCUGGAUCUCCGAUCGUCUCCCAGCAUGACCUCAUGAAUAGAUACUUCCGACAGGACACUAUUUUCCUGAAGAACCUCGAUCUUCUGCGUGCCUCCGACAUCAAGCUCGUCCUCAUUAUGUUCUACCCGCUCGCCCUCUCCGUGCUCCCGUCGCUUUCACCCCGCGGUGUGCUCGUGCUGCAUUUCGUGCAUGCCCUCACGUGGUGCCUCAUGCACUCGUUCGGUCUCGGGCUCCUGCUCCGCGCUCAGUCACAACGCAAGUUCCUCGUGCGCCACUUCUUGAAGCACUACCACUACCCCGCGCAUGAUCACGGGCGCGGUGCCGUCAUCGAGGCGUUCACGAACUGGAAGUCGAUGUAUAAUCUCAGCAUGUGCAUGACAUACGUCUCGUUCAUCUGCCUUGCGUGGAAGACGUAUACCAUCCCGCAAGAAUGGACGGUGGGCGUCGAGCUUCUGCGCCACACGAUGGGAGCGGUCAGCUGGUUCUUCGGUGACUUUUUCGUGGAGGAUUUCCCCUCGCACCUUGACUACACUGGCAUUUACCGCUACUUGAACAACCCGGAGAUCAUGAGCGGUGCGGCCUUCUUUGGCCUGACAUUGAUCAGCGGCAGCAAGCUCGUGGCCGCGUUGGCGGUGAUCCGGCACCUUUCUCAGUGGUGGUUCUUGAGCAAGGUCGAAAACCCUCACAUGCGGAAAUUGUACGGAGACUCGCUGCGGAAUGACGCGGGCUUUGUCAAGGUCAUCAAGAAGGUCGCGAACAAGAACGCACGCCUUCUCGAAUCCCGCGCUGGCCGGCACGCCCCGGAGAUCCGCAGGGUUGCACGCGAAGUCAAGGGCACCUUCGACAAGGUCUACGAGGAAACUGCCGACGUCGUGGAGGAGUUCUUGGCAAAGUCACGUCCUAAAAUCUCGGAGGUUGUCCAGGACACGAAGAUCCUGCUCCAGCAAUCGAGGGAACGGCUUGUCAUCUCGUACUACAAGGUCUCUAUUGUGCCCGCUGCAGAUGGCUCCCUUCGCUUCCAUCUCGGCGAGCCCAUCAGAGUGCAGUGGCGGGCGCCGCUGCACCAUUCGCGCGCGAUUGGAUUGGCAUUUAUCGGCGAACCAAUCAAACCUGGUCACGAAAACUCCUCGCUCGGAAUGUGGGUUCCGGUGCAUGAUGAGGAAUGGGAUGGCGACAUUCCCUUGAGCCUCAACCGGCCGAACCGUCCCGAUAACGACUCAGAGGAUGGAAAAGUUGUCUUCCAGCGCGGGACCUUGCCCUGGCAGACUGGUCGCUACGAGAUCCGCUACCAUCAUGACGGGAAGUACAAUGUCAUGGGCUUAGACGGUCCCUUCGAGGUCUACGUGGACAAACCCAGUGCCAUGAACUUCGACAGCAUCCGAAGGAGCCUCAUGCACAUUGUGCCGCUCUGUCUUGACUCCGACCCUUCUCUGAUUCCGCUGUCGUGCAAAUCCGAGGAAGAGAAGACGGCCAGCGAAGACGAUGACACUCGGGACCCGGACGACUUCCGCUUCUGGUCGGAAAGGCAGGCCAAACGCAUUUCGGCCGCAAUCAAGCAAGCGUUCGGUGUCGAGCUCACGCCGGAGGUCGUCGUGGCAGAUGCGAACAUCAACGCUUUGGCUAACCGGGUACUGCUCUCGAAAGAGCUGCUGUCGGACUGA